GCGUAAAACCAAAACGAAGAGAACGCAGGAGAGUCGAACGGUAAAUCGGUCGCAGCAGAAUAAACUUUUAGAAUCGCGAGAACCGUCUUAAAAGUGCGUAUACAAAUUGAAGGAAAGGCGGCCGCCAAUGGCAACCUGAGAAGCAAAACAAUCAGAAGCAAUUGGGAAAAUCGAAACGAAAUGAGCCGGAGGAGCGUUAACCAGGACACCACUAGCAAGUCGGAGAAGAUGCAGCGCUACUACGCGGAGCGCGAGACCACAGGACCCGAGUUCGACGAUCGCCUGAUAAAGCUGGUGCGCUCCAAUCCAGCCAUAUACGAUGUCAGCCAUCCGCACUAUCGUCGUAAUCCAGUGCGGGUUGACAUAUGGGAUCGGAUUGCCAACGAACUGGGCGCCUCCUCUCGAUUCCUGCAGACCAAGUGGAAGAACAUACGUUACAACUAUCUGCAGGAGGUGAAGGCGAUUGAAACGGGACAGGCGAAUCCGAAUGUGCGGAAAAGGCGCUUCACCGAGGAUCUGUCCUUUCUGCAGAACACGGCCCAAACCUACAAUGUGAAGAAAUCCCUAAGCUAUGUGACUCAACAGAAUGGUGGGGGAAGUGACAACGACAGCAAUAGCUUCUUCUAUCCCGAUCCGGAGCAUCUGAAGAUUGACGCUUCGGAGGGCUACGACAUCAUCGAGCUGGACAAUAGCGACGAUGGCUCCAAUAGCGACGACAACGAGAUUGUGCCCGAGUUGCAGCUGGUCAUGGGGAAGCCCAAAACGGAACUAUCCCUGCCCACGACACUGAACGGCACCAGUAGCAGCAAUCACAGCCAGGAACAUGACCACGCCAGCUCGCCGGCCUCCUCGCCCCUGCUAACGCCCAUGGUGGUAAUGGGAAAUGGCUACGAUCAGGAGGUGCAUACCCCACAGCAGCAGGCACAGGAGGAAAAACCGGUCAACAAUCACUCGCUGUCCAACGGAGAAGUGACCAUUGAACCCAUUUACAAGCCUGCGGCCGUCAGACGCACGUUACCCAGCGAUUUUCUAACCAAUCCCUUCAAGCGUAAGGCCUCCAGAGCGCCGCAUCAGACCCAAGUGACGCCGUCCUUCAACGAUCCCAUCGAGCUGUACUGCCUCUCGCUGGUGGACACACUUCGCAGUAUGCCCAGGUCGGAACGGGAGCGGGUCAAGUUCGAGUUCGCCAGCAUUCUGAAGGACGCCAAAUACAAGGACGAGUGCUAAGACGUCACCCUUCUAUACGUACAAUUCUUGAUUAGUAACCUUAGUGGUUGACAACGCACUCUAACACUCCUACAUUUCAUUUAUGUAUUAUUAUACUUACGUACAUCCCUAGGCUAAGCUCUAGGUUAAUUUGUGUUAGGAUGAGGCGAUAUGUGUCUAUAUCUCUUCAAUUGUAUCUACAUUGAUUCGAAUAAAAUUAUGCACAAAACAAGGUAGCAAAAAA